GAAGACGGAACGCAUUCGUUAAAGUGGUGACUUAGCGAAUAUACAUAAGAGUAUUUUAAAACGAAUUUUAUUGAGUUUUUCAUACUUCGUGUUAUUUUCUUAGUUCUUUUUAUAUUAAUAUCUUUAUAGUGAAAUAUUUGUUUAAACAAAAUAGACAUACGUUAAAUCGCAUAUAUUUUUUUAUAUUUUGUGUUUGUGUAUCUGUGUCUAUUUUUCAAACAAAGUUAAAAACCAUGCUAAAAAUGAAAUCAUUACAUAGAUUUGACAUUCGUAGAAUGGUUCAUAAAACAUGUCUAGACCUCAAUAAAAUGGACAUAAAUCAAUUGAUUGCACAGUCUAAAGAAAUAUGGGAGAAUUCAUUUUGGGGAGGAUGUGAUAAUGACAUUUUAAUUAAGGAUUAUCAAGAUAAUGGCUUGUUCACUAUAAAUCGACCAAAAACUUUAAAUACUCUUACACCAGGAAUAUGUAACAUAAUAAAUGAAACACUUCAAAAGUGGAACCAUAAUAAAAAAUUAGUAAUAAUAGAAGGAUCUGGUGAUAAGGCAUUUUGUUCAGGAGGAUAUCUUAGAAUGCCUCUAUCUUAUCAAUAUUUAAGAAAUGAUGAUUAUGAUUGGCAUAAAACACAAACAUUUCAAGUAUAUUACUCAAUGAGUUAUUAUAUUAGUACAUUAAAAGUACCAUUUAUAGCUCUGAUGAAUAAUCUAACAAUGGGAUUAGGAUCUGCUAUAUCUCUACAAGCUAAAUAUAGAAUCGUCACAGAAAGAUCACUCUAUGCUAUGCCUGAAGUUUUAAUCGGUUAUUUCCCCGAUUCCUCAUCAUGCUAUACGUUUCCUAGAUUACAAAAUCAUAUAGGAUAUUUUUUAGGCGUUACUGGAUAUAGAUUAAAAGGUAGUGACAUUGUUCAUUCUGGUAUUGCCAGUCAUUUCGUUCCCUCGGAAAAACUAGAAGAUUUGAAGAAUGAAUUGCUUAAAUCUGAUAAUUCCAAUAUAGAAGAAAUUAUUAAUAAAUAUCAUGUUAAUACAUCAAAAAAUAAUUUUGGCCUUAAUCAGUAUAUAGACAUAAUUGAGAAUUGUUUCUCUGCCCCUACUGUCGAAGAAAUCUUAGAAAGAUUGGAAAAAGACAAUACGAAAUGGUCGAGAAAAAUUAUAGAAAUAAUAAAAGCAGCAUCACCAACUUCUUUGAAGUCGGCUCUUCUUAUUAUUCAAAAGGGAAAAGAUUUAGAUCUUGCUGAUUGUGCGAGAAUGGACUGUAGAAUGGGUCAUCGUUUACUUUCACAAGGUUCCGAUAUUUUUGAAGGUAUUAACACUACUCUUUAUGAAAAAGAUAGAAAACCACGAUGGAAUCCUGCACAUUUAGAAGAUGUAUCAAUGGAUAAGAUAAAGCAUUAUUUAAGUAAUCUACCACCGGAAAAAGAAUUAAAAUUAUAAUAAAAACGAAGAAAUGACAGGAAAAAAAACUAUUUAACAAUUAUAUUAAUUAAUCAAUUAAACAUAUCAAAUAAUUUAAACUAUUAGAAGCUAGGAUAUAGUAUUAGUCAUUUAAAUUUUCUUAAUAAUUUUUUUAACAACUUUUAAUAAUUUACAUAUGUUUUAAUCUAGAAAAAAAAAAAG